AUGGAAGUGAGCUCCAACCAGAGCCAUGGGGAGUACCCAGACUGCAGGAGUGAGAGGGAGUCAGGAGGGGAGGCGUCUCUCCUGGUGUCUCCGCUGGUGGUGGCGGGGAUUGUUAUAGGUCUGGUCCUCUUCCUCUCCUGCAUCACCAUCAUCGUGGGCAGCCUGCGAAAAGACAGUCGACUGAGAAACCCGCACCUCAGAGCAAGCUACGGUCUGGAUGGUUUUUCCUAUGGAGGUUCUGUAGGAGAACUGAGAUCUACCUGCUUAGAAGACUUUCCUCCGGGUUUAGACUUUGAGUCUUACAGAGAGACUCUGUCACAGGUCAACAGCUUGUAUCCUGACUCACCUCCACGUUACGAUGAGUGUGUUGGCCCUGGUUCUCAGAUCUACAUACCUACAGAUGACCCACCUCCUUACUCCCUGUUGGACCCCUGUCAGACAGGAGCAGAGCAAGAGGAGCAGCCAAACUACACCAGCUCAGAUCCUUCUCCAUACUACGGAGAGACCUCAGCCAGUGCCGCCUGGUUCUCCCCCUCCCACUACCCACUGGGAUUACAGGACCAGGAGCAUCAACACAUCUCAUCCAUCUCCUUCCCGUUGGAUGCAGCGCCGUCUUAUGAGUCAGUGCUGGCCGAGCAGGGACAGCCCCUUCCUCUUAUGCCAUGUGACCUUUACAAACACCAAUCAGAGAGGGGGGACGACGGCAACCCCCAGCAACCAGGGACGGACCAGAUCUUGUAG